CGCGGGACUGGGACGAGGGUAGCAGAGCAGGACACUGUGCCGCCCCGAGCGUGAAGGGAAUCAUAUGCCCGACCGCGUGUAGUUAUGCCCACGCGUUAGACCGCCCCAUGGCCAUGAGGGCAUGGCCAAAGGACGAACAGACAGUGGAUGAUGACCCCUGGGGGAAGUUCCGUGGCGGGUUGGCGGCCAAGACGCUGUCCACCACAGCAUCGACGAUACAGGUGACCUUGCCUGACUCGUUCGUGAGCGCCACACUGGGAGACUCCUUGCUCCUGGGCUCCUCGCUGGACGGUAGGACGUACCCAAGGAUAAUCUCGGCCCUCCAGCUCCUCGAGGAGUCGGACGACGAGUCCAUAUUCUGCGGGCCGCCCUCGGACUCGGAGGGCACGGCGCUCUCGGCAGAGGCGAGGGCGCUAAAGGUCCUCGGCAUAGCGCACCCGGACGACGAGCGGAUCGCGCGCGAGGCUGCCCGGGCCGUGGCGAAGGCCGAGGCCGCCGAGGCCGCCGAGCGGCGGCGCCUCCAGAAGGUCGCGGCGGCCGCCGAGGCGAAGGAGGCCGCGGACGGCGAGGGACUGAAGUCCGCGCGGGACGCCCAGCCAGCGGGCCAGGCAGACACCGACAAGCGGCGGCAGUCCGCAGCUCUGAUUCAGCCAAAGGGGGAUGCGGCUGGCGACAAUCAGAAGUUCAUCUGCCAGUUCCCGGUUGGACUGGGAGACGACGAGGAGUUCUGUUUGGUGAAGAGAAUUCUUGGGAAGAACGGGAACAACAUGCGCCGCAUUGCAGAGGACUGCAACGCCAAGGUGCGCCUCCGCGGGAUCGGCAGCGGCUUCCUGGAGGGUGCCGACGGCACGGAGGCGAACAUGCCCCUGCAGCUGAACGUCAGCUGCACAGAUUUCGAGUCCUACUCCGAUGCCGUGGAUCGGGUAGCCGCUCUGCUGAAGGACCUCUACAAGCACUACCGGAGAUACGCACGCUCCAAGGGGAUGGAGCCGCCCGACGUGAAGGUUGCGCUGGAGGAGGUGCGCCGAGACGACCUCCACCACGACACGCUGCCGCAGAAGGCGCAGCAGAGCCAGCGGGCCCGCGAACGCCGGGUCCUGGACCGGGAGCGCCAGCCGCAGCAGCGGGACGGCGGCGCCGCGGGCGCCGCGGACGCGGGCGAUUCCGAGGAGGGCACCGACAACAGCGCCGACGAGUCCAAGUCCCAGGCGAGGCCGCCGACGCUCCCCGGGGGCAUCCCGGUGCCCACCACGGCGGCCGGCCGCCGCGCCGCUGCGCGGACCGGCGGGGCCCUGGUCGCGGCGAUGGCCUCCGCGGCCGCGCGCGAGCAAGACAGGAUCGACAGGGAGAAGCAGAAGGAGAAAGGCGGCGACCGGGACAGGAGACGAGGGAACGAGGUGGACAGCCGCACUCCUGGUGCCGAGAGAAGUGCGCCCAGCCACGGCAGCCGCGGCAGCGCGCCGAUAGGCUCGCCCGCGGAUAAGCCGCAGGAGUGGAGCUGGGACCGGGACUGGAACUGGGACCGUGACCGGGAGUGGGACCAGAAUUGGUCCUGGAGCAGCUGGCGCGAGGCCGACGGAGGAGGCGGCUGGGACAAGGAGAAGAGCCACUGCGCCGGCUGGGACAAGGAGAAGGAGGGCGGCGACUGGGACAAGGAGAAGAGCCACGGCGCCGGCUGGGAGAAGGCGAACGAGGGAGGUGGCCGGGAGCAGGAAAGAAGCCGCGGCACGGGCUGGGACAAGGAGAAGGGGGACGGUGGCUGGCACGGCGCCGGCUGGGACCAGGAGUCGGGGGCAGCUGGGAUCGGCGCCGCGGUGACGAAGGUGCCGCCACCACCGCCAGGCCCUCCGCCAGACGACGCCACGCCCACCAGGGGCAAAGAUAAGAGCAGCAAGGGCGCCUCGAAGGACAAGGGCAAGGGCGGCAAGGGGUCAGGCGCCAGCCGCGCCAGCCUCGCGGCCGCUCUGGUGCACGCGGGCUUCGCGGAGCCUGCUGCGGGCCGAGGACCGGUUCCGCAGAACCGGUUCCACGGAACCAGUUCCACAGGACCGGUUCCGCAGGACCGGUACCACAGAACCGGUUCCACAAGCCCGGUUCCACAGGACUGGUUCCACAGGACCGGUUCCACAGGAUCCGAGGGCGCGGUCACCGGCGCGGUGUCGGCAUCCGGCGUAGGUCUCGUGGCGGGUAUAGUCAAGGAGACUACGCAGGCAACCCCAGGAGCUGCCGCCGCCAAGGUCGGCUCGGCCAACGCUGGCGACGACCAGGUCGAGGGCCCAGGUGAGUUCUACGACGGCUAUGACGAGGCGGCGUUGCUGGCAGAGUUGGAGGACCUGGACCUCGAGGUUGACGCGUUCUUCGCGGAUGGUGCUACCCAGGGCCUCGUUGACCCUGGCGCGGGCGGCGACCUUGCCGGGCUCGCGGCGCUCAACGGGGGGGCCCAGGCCUCGGCGGCGGCGGGGCUGAAGUCCGAGGCCGCCCUCGAGGGGCAGCAGGAAGCCCGGCGGCUCAAACCGCCGCCGGCCCCGAGAGGGCCAUCGGGCCCACGCGGCCCCACCAUGAGUCUCGGCGGCGCGCCUGGCGCGGUGGAGACCGCGGUCUUGGACGAUGACAUCCCGCGCGCAAUCGGCAUCGACCUAUGCUCUGCGGAGGCGCAUAGCCCGGCGAAGAUGCCCCGGCUGCGAGUGGCCAAGAAAGACGCGCCCCCAGGGGCCAAGGGGGCCGCCGAGGCGCGCCUCGCGAGGGCCCGGGAGGACAUGGGCCUGACGCCUCUCCAGCGCGAGGCGGCCAGAAGCGCUCGCUACGGAGCAGGCCUCCAGACGCAGUUCAUCACCCAGGAUGGCGACCGUUUCACCGUGGUCGAUCAGCUGAAGACGACCAACACAAUGAAGUUUCAAGUUGGCCUCGGUCCGCAGACAACCUGCAACUUGGACCGAGGGCAGGCCCGUCACCGUCACGCCGACGUGGGAGGGCCAGGCCCUCUGCAUAGUGAGCACGACCGACGCUGGAAUUGUUUGGGCGUCCAGCCGGCGGUUCUACGAGAAAGACCAGAUGGUGUUGGAGCUCUCGUCGCCCGGCGGCAGCACCAUGAGGCGCAUCUUCGGCAGGAAGGGUGGCUCCGGAGGCUUGUCGUCGGUGCGUUCCACAAGGCUUAUCCACGACUCUUCCGUCCACUGAGUAUUCUUCGUGAGUGCGUGCCAGAGGCCUGCUCACAGCGCCCAACAUGCCCAUUGAUGCCAGACCCUCGCAGCACGCGUGCUCAGCGCUUGCAGAAGUGCCAGGAUGGGCCUACGCAGCCGCCUGGGGCCUUCUGCAAGCCCCUUGGGACAUUUGGCAGGUUUUCCGAGCGAAAGACGUGGGACCACCCUUGGAAGCCAUGCCAGCCCAGGUAUUGCACGGCAGGCCCAAUUGAGGAAUUGGGACGUGCCUCGUUGCCAUUGUCCCCCCGCCCGGUCUCCCUCCCCUCACUACGAUCAUCGUCAUCAUCCUACUCUGUCCCCUUCUCCUCCUCACUCUCGCAAUGGAGUUUCGGCACAGCAGCCAACGUGCUAGCUCUCAAGUUGCCGAGGCCGCGGGUCGAACCGCAGGCCGCCAGCCAGAGGAAGAGCUGUGCCGAGACCGUGUCGGUCGAACGGCUGUCGGUGGUACAGCUGACCCUCGACCCUGGGUGUGUGUGUGUGUGUGUACACUGCCCUGUUUCUUGUCCGCAUCCCCCCCCCGCUCGUCCCUCCUUCAGCCUCGUUGGCCGCUCCCUUCCCCCCGCCCCUCCCCCCUAUCCCGCCUCCCCGCCUCGGUCCUCCCUGCGCCCUUUUCCCUCCCCCUCCAGCUUCCCGGAGAGCUGGACGCUGGAGGUGCUCGGAGCGCGGCGAGGCAGGGCACGCCGCCGGGAAGAUGGCUCUUCGCGCUGGCGGUGGCGGCGCCGAGUUCCUCUCCUCCCCCCUCGCAGCCGCCGCCCCGUGUGUGCGCCUCCGCCUCGGCGCGCGUGGCCACCCCGGGGGCGGGGCUUUACCGAGAGGGGCGCGGCGUUUUUCUCCUCGGCGCCUCGGGGGCGGACCCCCCCCCUCUCUGCCCCAGGCCCCCCGCGACGCGAACAGUCGCUCACGAUGGGAAACACCACGACGUCGGGGGUCUGGGUUGUCCCGCUCCGACUCUAG